GUCCCGCGGGCGGCCGCGGUGUCGGGCUCGCGCGGCGGCGGGGCUCGGAGGAUCCCGGGCCGCCCCGCCCUGCCGGUCGCGCCACGGCCGCGCCGGGCGCUCGGAGCGGCCCCGCCCCCAGCCGCCACCCCCGGUGCCCUCAGGGGGGCACCCCCAUCGGGGCGGGAGGGUGGUCCUCCGUGCCCCGGUCGCCGAGUGGCGGAGAGGUGACGGUAACCGCCUUCCCAUUUCCGCCCGGCCGGCCGCGCGGCAGGGUGCGUGCCAGCAGAGCGGCGCUCGGUCCUCCCUCCGCCCGCCCGCCCGCGCCGGGGGCCGGCCCUGCUCGCCCGCGCCUUUUCCCCCGCGCACCGCGCGCGGCUCCGCCACUCGGGCACCGCAGGUAGGGCAGGAGGCCGGAGCGCCUGCCGCCCGCCGCCCGGACCAUGGUCCCCUCGGCUGGACAGCUCGCCCUGCUCGCGCUGGGUAUCUUGUUGGCUGUGUGUCAGGCCCUGGAGAAUACCACCGCUGCCCUGAGUGCUGAGCCCCCGGUGGCUGCGGCCGUGUUGUCCCAUUUUAACGACUGCCCGGAUUCCCACAGCCAGUUCUGCUUCCAUGGAACCUGCAGGUUUUUGGUGCAGGAAGACAAGCCAGCAUGUGUGUGCCACUCUGGGUUCGUAGGCGCCCGCUGUGAGCAUGCAGACCUCCUGGCCGUGGUGGCAGCCAGCCAGAAGAAACAAGCCAUCACCGCCCUGGUGGUGGUGUCCAUCGUGGCCCUGGCGAUUCUCAUCAUCGCAUGUGUGCUGAUCCACUGCUGCCAGAUCCGGAAGCACUGUGAAUGGUGCCGGGCCCUCGUCUGCCGGCAUGAGAAGCCCAGUGCCCUCCUGAAGGGAAGGAGUGCAUGCUGCCACUCUGAAACAGUGGUCUGAAGACCCUGAGGAGAAGCUCAGCCAGGCGGAGGUGGCAGCCUGAAGAAAGGACUCCUCAAGGCCAGCACCAUGAGGGACACCAGGCCAUGCUGGCCCACCUUUCCUACCCAGCCUGUAAUCACCUGAGCAGCCUUUUCGUCUUUCAUGGGCCUUCCUUCAAAGCUCUGUCAAGAACUCUGUCUGCUUGGGGUUAUUUGGUAUCCUGGAGAAGAAAUCCACAGACCACGAUCUAAAAACUGGUCCAAAGGAACGGAGAAAGGGUGGACUUCCUGUUUGCCUGGCCCCAGCAUGUGUGGUGCCCAGCCUCCGUGGGCAGGCAGACGUCUCCCACCAGCCUCCAAUGCCGGACAGCAUUUGUCUCUCCUGGGUCUA